AGCUGUCGGGACACAGACACAGGAUGAUGCGUCCAGUUGUGAUCUUCGUCUUGCUGGCUCUUGUCGGCGAGAUAAACCCUAUCUUCAUCCGACUUCCCUUUUUCCGCUUUGGGAAACAUGGUGCAAGACCAAGAAAACCUCAGAUUUCACCAACGGGUACUAAUGUUGCUCGAGGAGGGAAAGUAGCUCAGUCCUCACUUUAUGGGAGGGCAGUGCCUGAAAAAGCCAUUGAUGGGAAUCGUGCGAGCAAAUGGAGACAGGGCUCCUGCGCCUGCACUCGAAAAGACUUGAAACCAUGGUGGAGAGUGGACCUCCUCAAGACGCACAAGGUCAACUAUGUGACAAUCACCAACAGAAAAGACUGCUGUCCCCAAAGGAUCAACGGGGCUGAGAUCCACAUCGGAGAUUCCCUCAGUGAUAAUGGAAACAAAAAUCCAAGAUGUGCUGUGGUUUCCACCAUCUCAGCCGGCGGCACCCAAACUUUCAAGUGCAACGGAAUGAGAGGCCGAUAUGUCAACAUCGUCAUUCCCGGGAAGAGGCAGUACUUGACACUGUGUGAAGUGGAGGUUUAUGGGGAACCUGCUAGGGACAUUGUUCCGACUGGUAUUAAUAUUGCUCGAGGUGGAAAAGUAGCUCAGUCUUCAACAUCUAAGAAUGGAGUACCUGAAAAAGCCAUUGAUGGGAAUCGUGCUAACAAAUGGAAACAGGGCUCCUGCACACACACAAAAGAGGAUUUUAAACCAUGGUGGAGACUGGACCUCCUCAAAACUUACAAAGUCAGCUAUGUCACCGUGACCAACAGAGCGGACUGCCGCCGCAAAAACAUUAACGGAGCUGAAAUACACAUCGGAAAUUCCCUUGAUGACAAUGGCAACAGUAAUCCCAGAUGUGCACUGAUCUCAUCCAUCCCAGCUGGUGCUUCCAAAACCUUCUCAUGUAAUGGAAUGAAGGGCCGUUAUGUCAACAUCGUGAUUCCUGGGAAGAAGGAACAGCUGUCACUGUGUGAGGUUGAGGUGUUUGGGACGGAGUCAGUCGAUUCCACUGAUUUCAACUGUGACUGAGUCUGAAAGAGCUCAAGUUAGAUCUCACUCAUCGGCCACAUCUAGUUAAGUUUUAUUCUUAACUUUACUUCCUUGCAUGAUACAGAAUGCUAUAUAUAUCCAUAAGGUUUUUUUUGUAAGUGCAUUACUAAAAUAUGUAAAGAAAAACAAAAUGGGUAAAAAGGGGUGAACACCACUGAUUAAAAUCCUGAUUUAACUUAUGUGAUGAUUAAAGUUACACUUUCCUCAGC